AUGGACAAUGUUCUUAAAGGGCCAAGCCCUUCACCCAAAGCAGUAGCUGCCGAGAACAAUGGGACCCCGCGGCCAAGCCCUGAAGUGCCUGUCCGGUACCUGAAAUUCCUGCUGAAAGAUGAGGCAGAGUUCUGGGGCCAACCUCGUGCUCCUCUGAGACGUCCCUUCAGUUUGCGAACCGAUCUGGAUCUGGCCAUCGAGCAACCGCCGUCCCCGGGGAAGAGAAGAUCCUCCGCUGCCCUGGACAGUUCGAUGGCUCCCAAAGUCCCCUUAGAGCCAGUGGCGUCUGUUGCGAAAGAGAUCCUAGAGACAGCACAAGCCAAUAGCUCAGGCCAGAGGCAGAUGGGACACAAUGCCCUUAAUGUGCGCCAAGAAUUUUCUGGUGGCCCUUCCUCACUGAUGAAAGGGGGGAUGAAGUUCGGCAGUGGGGAUGCCGAGAGAGGUGACAGUAAUGCAAGGUUCCAUGCGUCUUUGCUAGAAGGUCAAGGGUUCUUUCCACUCAGAGCCCCCCAAAUAAUAGGCUCUCCCCCUAGCUCCAACCUUAGAUGGGGAAGAAUGAUGGAGCAGUCUUCAGAAAAUUGGAGAAUGGUCGGCAGAGAAGGGUCCGUGCCUGUUCCUUUUCCAUCGGGAGGACCAGGGCUCCCUGUGGAAAUGUGGCCAAGGGCUAUCACCUUUCCUCCUAGUAUUACAGGCUCAUCUUUAUCCCCUAGUGCUCAGACCCUCAGACUUCCUGGACUUGCAGGUUUCAACCCAUUUCCUGCUGUGUCUAUUCCUCCUGGGUUGGGGAUGUUCCGACCCCCGCCCUCCAAUGCCUUCCCCUGUUGCCAGUUUCCCAUUCUUCGGGGACCCCGCCUCCUGCAUCCUCAAAAAGAACAACAGAUGUAA